AUUUCUCACGUGACUGGGGAUAGUGACGGCACAGUUCCUGGAACAAACAAAACAAAUGACAGCUGAACGGCAAGGGAGGCUACCGUCGCAUGUCACCCGCUUACGUGACACGUUUUCUUAUUUAUGUGACAUGAGAAGCAAAACGGAGACAUUCAAGACGCUGUUAGUUGUAUUAAAUAGGUGGAAGACUGCGCGACUUGCAAACAAACAUCUACCCAUUAGCUAUAGCUUAGCCUUGCCUGCGUCAUAAAUAUGUGUCCGUCCCAUUUGGUGUAUGAUAAUAUGUCUACACUGUGAAGUAGUCGCUCUUUAAACUGCGCUGUUAGUUGUCGCCAACCAGCUUUCGAUGAAUUAUUUCGUUUACAAACGGUGUCGGUGUUUAUCUUGACAACACAGCCUGCUGCUUGCUGCUUAUCGCAAGGAAUAACUUGUCUGCUCCUUUGACCGAUGGGUUGUUAUUGAUCUUAUAGGCAUAAAGUACUAUAGAGACCGCUUACCUUAGUAAAGCUUUCUCCGGAAGGGAUGUGAUGUGAGUGCUGAUCUAAAGAUGGAGGCUGUGCGACACAAGAAGACCAAGGCAAAAGUCGGUGGGAAGGUGGUCAGAAAGCAGAGAACGACAGAAGACAGGAGGAAUGCUGCCCCUUCAGUCAUUUGUGAUGAGGCUUCCACAUCUGAAUUUACCAGCAUCCCUCUCAGCCUGCCACAUCAGGAGAAGUGUGACCCUGCUCACCCCCCUGAGACGAAAGCACAGUCAUUAGGUUUGCCUGCAGAGUCGCACCAGACGUUCUUUUCACAGGGAUCAUCAACAGCAGUGUUAACUGAGACUUUGCAGUCUGCUCUACAUUUGCCACGGACGUCACAAGCCACAGUGCAACAAGCAGAGUCAACACAUCAGGAAGAAACUGAUGGUGGCGUUUUGGUCGCUCAGCUUCAGGGUGCAUCACAAGGCACCAACCUGGAAGCAGAUAAAUGUGUUUCAAAACAUUUUGACUUGAAACAUGUCCCAAGUGCUCCGACACUGUACCCAUCUGUCCCAGUUCUGGAGGAGGGAUCCAUGAUAGAGCUUCACAGAGAAGCUGUGAGCACUUGUGGCAAAGGACCAGCAGUUUUGGCGCUGGUUGAGCAUGAAACUUCUCCUCCAAGUCUGCAGCCUCUGGAGUCUGUAGCUGAACUUUCCAGGAAUAAGCUCUACCCCGAAUUACCAAGGCCAGCAACAGAUAUUCAGCCAUUCUCCCUAGAGCAGUUGAGCGUAUGGGAGCCUGCUGAAGGACUGCGGGUUUGGCUAGAAGGCGUUGAAUUAUGUGCGGCACAGUUCUGUGCUUUGGCUCGACAGGAGAACCACGAACUAGCAGAACUUCUGCAGAACUACUGGCGCUGUCGCAGACAGCUGACCCAAUCUCACACGCAACUACACACACAGUCCUCUGACUGCAAAAGUACUCAAAAUCGUCUGUGGAGCUUCAGAGAUGAACAGUUAACACUCCAGGGUGUGUGUGCAGACCAGUCCAAAGUGUGUGGGUACCAUCGUUUUCAGCAGGCAGAGUUCAGUCAGGGUGUGCUGACUGAGCUGAGCAGGUUGUUUGAAGUUCGCAGUGAGCUGCUCCAUCAAAAAGUGGCACUGCAUGCAUACACUGCUUUGCUGUCACGCCUCCAGGUGGAGUCAUACUUGUACCACCUAUUAAAAGAUUGUUCCGCGAGCCAGUCCCGUUCCCUUCAGCCUCUUAAAGAGGCUAUCAGCGUCCUCUUUAGCUUAACACGAAGAGUCCUGGAUGACACACAGUUCCAGACAGAUAUCCACCACUGGUUGGAAAGACUGGUGGCAGUGUUGCUGCAUGUUGGCGGAUCAGGAGAACACCUGUACCUGCUGUGUCAUCUGAUGUGCUGUCCUGCUGGAGUGGGCAAGUGGGCUGCCCCUUUCCUCCAGAUCCAAGUUUGGAGGAAUACUUGUGGAGUGCAGAACUUCAUGCAAGCCCUUGCAGUUCUAAUGUCACCUGCUCGACACCGUGCAGAAUUUCUGGGCCAUAUGAAACCAUGUGAGAGCCUCAAUUCAACUUCAUCUGGACCUGAGUCAGGCAACUGGACCCUUGUGGAUGAAGGAGGCGAAGAGGAUGAGGAUCCACUGAGCAGCUGGUUGCUUCUGUGUGAGGAUGAUCUCAUCUCCUUUAUUACCCAGUUCCCGUUCCAGCAACUCUAUUCACACAUGUUGGGGAUGAGCAUGCAAGGUGUCUAUGAGCCUCAGGGCUACUCUAGCCAGAAGAUGAUGCGUGUUUUUGCAUUUGCGUCCUCACUCAUUGAAAUUCUCGCCCUUGGCCUGCAAACCUAUAACAGGGCCCGAUAUAGACAGCUAGUGAAACGAAUAGGACACAUCAUACGCAUGACAGUGUGUUAUGUCAGUGAUCACUGGGCGCAGUAUGUGAGUGUGAUUGGCUCCAGUGGCUCCAGCUCUCAUGUACACACUUUGUCUCUGGAAAAGCUUCAGGUUGAAUACGAUCAUCUCUUCUUCAGGGCUGUUCUGCAUGUUCUGAGAAACAAGAGGUUGGGAAUUUGGUUGUUUAUGUCUGAGAUGCCAUAUGGGACCCUGUCCAGCUCCAUGCUGUGGAGGAUCCUUUAUGUGAUGCAGUGUGCAGAAACAGCAGGACAAGAAAUUCUUAGUACUGCUAAUGACACACAGUCCUGCAUUCAGGCUCUCAGAGAACCAGAGCACCAAGAGAGGUUUGAGCUGUGGUUGUGUGAGGUGAACAGCUCUGACGGCAUCUCCCUCCUCACCGCACUAGCGCACAUGGCCACACCCACUCAAAACUCAGAUCCUGCCUUUGUCACGACCAUCACACUGCUGAUUUACCAGGUGUCUUAUGUUACUGUGACGACCAGAGAAAUUUACUCAAAAGUUGGAAGAGAAUUGUUGGCGACCAUUGCCACAGCCCACCCUUACAUUAUCUCGGUGCUCCUGGACAGGCUGAGAGAGACUAUCCAAGCUGUUGGCAUGGUGGCACUGUACUUGUGCAAAGAGCUGCCUCUCAGUCUGUGGCGUCCACGACCAGAAGAAAUAUGCGUGAUAGGAGCUUGGCUGCUGCAGCAUCCUCUAUCUGCUGUGGAGAAUCGUCUGGCAUGUGUUAUACUGGAGGGUCUCAACUGGGGAUACGCACAGGAUGGCUCUUUGGCCCUGCCGUCAUUGCUCCACAGUGAGGUGGCUCUGCUGGUGGCUGAGGCCUUUCAAAAGUAUCUGACUGACAAACCAUACAGUGGCCUAAUUUCAGAAGGAAUUAAACAGGUGUCAUACCUUGCCAGUGUCCUUCGUUUAGGUGUAUCGCCUGAAGCGUCAUUCAGCCAAUGGGCUUGGCAACUGUUGCUAAGGCUAAAGCUCCAUGCCAAUGCUCAGAACCCAAAAGGAGCAUGGUCAGUCCAGUGUCCAGUGUCCAGCCCACCUGCAGAACUUACACACUCUCCCAGCAUGCACUCUGUUCUUAGGGCUGUAAAAGCAGGUAUCCCUAUUGGAGCAUACCUGUCUAUUGCCAUGACAACAGUGGGACAUAGCCUGGAGCACUUUUGCACAGAUGGAAUUGGCUUUUUAAAGAAUCUGAUUCAGUCUCGUCACCUAAGAGCUGCUGUACACCUCCUGGACAACAUUCUCCCUCAAACCUACCCACUCAGUUUUUAUCUUCUCAACAACUCUCAGUUUGUCAACUGUAUUCAGUUAUUUUUGCAGUACGACAGUGUGUGUCCUCAAGGUGUGACACAACAGGUCACACACCGGGUAGCACCCCUUCUCACCGGAACCACUUAUGGAGACAAUGUUCGACUGCUGAACAGUGUCAUUCAGAGCCAUGUGGUAGAGAGUUCACAGCCUGGUUGUGUCGGUGCUGCAGCUGUGCUGGAAUUUUGGGUGGGGAUUUUGACACAACACAACUUGUGGUACCGAGAUAAAACAGUCCUGUUCCUCAUGGAUCAGAUUUGCUGUGCUGCAUUCACACACCAUCAGGAGGAUUGUAUGCACAAACUCCUGUACCAACAGCAUAAGAAUGCUUUGGGAUACCACGGAGACAGAGGUCUGCUCUCCUCUCUGGUUGGCUGGAUUGCUGGACAUGCCACACCAUCCUUCAUCGAGGGCCAAUCGCUGAGUACAGAGGUUUGGUUUGCCUGGCUGGUGCUUAAUAUGGAGAGCACGUUUGAGGAAGACUCUCAGCUCAGACGCUGUGUUGAACAUGAGCUCCUGUCGGAGCCUAAUAUCUCUCCAGAACAAGCCUUAAAGAGGGCACAGCAGAGGUUGAAGUUGCCGGUCACCCCGUCUCUACAACGGCUACAAGUGUAUCGCUGGGCCUGGCAGGCAUUAGCCACGCCCCCUGAUCACCCCCUUAUUCCGCUGGUUUGGCAGAAGUUCCUACAGCUCUACCUCAGGCAGCCUGGUCCAGAUUAUGGACUGGCUGCAGGUGGCUGCAUUGGCCGACGGUUCUUCCAGGCUUCCUCCCAGGCCAAUUUGCUGCGAGAACUGAGGCAGAGAAUACAGGAAGUGUCCGAUUUCCACCAUGCUGCUAGCCAGGCACUGAGGGUGCCCCCGUCACACUCGCCUUCAGCAGACAAUCUGUGCAAUCAGACUCCGGGCAACCCCUGUCACCCCUGCCUUACCUCUCCUCAGCUGCACACAGAGCUGGUCAGGUUGUUUGGUGUUUUUGCUGUGUGGUUGGAUGAUGAAACGCUGCAGAAGCAGGAGGUUUACCUUCCCUCUCUUCCUCCCGAGUAUGAACCACACAGACUUGCACAGGUUAUGCAGCAGCAACAGGAACUGUGGCUGGAGUAUGUGAACCACGAGCGUCUGCAGUACGACAGGAAGGAGGUACUAUCCCUGUGGGAGAAGGUGCAGAGCGAGCCAUCUUUCCUCCAGGCACAAAACCCCAGCUUCACAGACUACACCAGCCUCAGCAAUGCAAAGGAACGUAUCCUGUCCAACCUGCAGAAGCAUCCAGUGCCACAACCAGCUCCAGACCUCCAACACCUAAAAAUCCCUGUCCCUGAAGUCCCCAACAUCUGUCUCUCUGACUCUAAAGCUGCUGCAGAACUACUGCAGCAAGACCUCAACAUCCUGCAGGACCAAGCCAGGAUUGCAGUAUCAAGAGAAGCCCAGCAGGUGGCGAUGGAACAGGAGCUUCUGGAGAGUCUUCCUCUGCUUUACAAGAACCGACCUGAGCAAGUGACCAUGACCCUGGAAUGUAAAGGGAAGGGAGGGCAGCCAUGCCAGGGUCCUGCUAACAUCACAGUUACAUGUGAGUCUAUCCAGAGACAGGAGGCAGUGCAGACUCAGAUAACGUCACUGCGAAGGGACAUCAAGAACCUUCAAACUGAUGCCAUGGCUCCGCCUCCUCAAAGCCUGGCUCAGGCUGCUGUCCACACAGAGAACUUUAUCACGGCUCUGGUGAACAUGUACAAAUCACAGAAGUCCCCGUCAGUGCAACAUGUUGGUGUGUCAGCCUUCUAUCAGGUGGUCUCCUUUGUAUGUGAAGACACACUGCGACAUCCACCAACACGCCAGUACCUCACCUCGUGUGUGGAGAUACUGGGACAGGUGUUCAUCCAGGGUAAUCCUGAAGAGUGUGGCCGUGUCCUGAAGACCAUCCUGGAGCACAGACAUCUUUGCCCUCUCAUUUCUUCUUUUUUCACGCCCAACGCAGCCCCGGCCGAGCUCGUCUUCCUUUACCAAGAUGUGGUGACAUCCCUACACCUUGAUAGUGCAGAUGUCAUUUUCAUGCUUCUCACCAAGUUUGAUUUGUCCGCCUGGCUGAACGAAGCCCAACCUGUGUUUUCUGAGAGGACCCGUUUACUUGAGUUAAUCCAUGGAAGUCUCUGUGUCUGUGGCCCAGAUCCCGAACCAGAACUUCUCACCCCUUUUCACCUUUUCACCAAACACUGGACUUGGCUUCUACGCCACCACUUCCCUGACCACUACAGUGACUGCCUGCGUCUGCUUAUGACCAGCUCGUCAAACCAGUUGCUAAGUCCUGAAUGCUGGAAGGUGACUCUUCGAGUGUUAGGCUGCUCUCCUCCGUCUCGCAGCAUCAAGAACAAAAGCGAACAAGUUGUCAGCACUUUUGAGGUGUCUGGACGUAUACCGACAUCCCCAGCAUCUCCCUGUCGGUCCUCCAUCAGCCUCUCUCCUCAGCAGGUGGACGAGACAAUAGAAUGGCUUAGUGAUUUCUUCCUGCGGAGUCGUCUCAGCAAGCCUGACCUGCGCAGCUUUGGCCUCUACUCUGCCUGGUCUCCUUACAUCAGUGAGGUUGUUUCCUUGUGGGACCAUUUAAUCGGCUCUCUAAUUAGCGUGUCACUCAGCAGCUGUGCCCGAGAGUCUGUGGGCAGCAAUAAAGUAAUGAAAGCGCUUCAUGACUUGCACAGUAAGAUUGUGAAAUUAUUCAAGCCUUGGAUAUUUCCCCUGGACACUGAGGAUGGAAGUAAUCUCAAGUGCUUCCCAUGGCUGGAGACUGAUGCAAGUCUGGCUGGAUGUCUGGUUGGCCUCUAUGCUCAAAUAAAUGACACACUGCACCAGAGAUCCAAAGAUCGCCUAUUCCCUGGUCAGAGAGGUGCUCUGUGGCUCUGUAUGACGCAGUACUGUGAAAGCUGCACCUCUCCGCGGACACCGGAGUACCUGUUGUACCUGCACCACACUCACCUGCGCAGCCUGCCAUGGAGACACCUACAUCCUGACACUCAGCUCAUGGAGCAGCUCUUUAAUGUUGAGAGAGGAAGUCCAAAGAGCUGUUUCCUGUUUAUGGGAGAGGUGUUAUGUGAGGUUAACUGGGUCAGCGUCCUAAGCGACCACAUACACUCUCUUCCAGCAUCCACAGCAGGCCCACCUCAGUCCACUGUGGAUCCUCAGAAGAAGGAAUCGCACACCAUGCUCGUCUAUUUGUUGUACAUGCUGGUAUUUCUGGCAAAAGAGGAGCAGCUCCUCAGCCAACAGGACUCCCCUCUUCUUAGUCUGUUGGUUCAGUGCACAUCACUGCCUUGGCACCAGCUGGAUCUGUCGUCAUACCAAGGGGUUCUGGGAUAUGUCAGCACCCACUACACUCCAUCUCUGCUGCUUAGCACUGAUUCAGCAUCUCAGUUGUUGCUGAAAUCUCUUCGUAAUGCUGCUGGACUCCACCCUGGACCUAAUGAAACUGCUCACAUGGAUGGGACGCUGAAGGCCGCUGCAUACGUGUCCUGGUGUGUGCAGUUUUUGGCAACUCUUGAGCAAGCCGGCAGCAUCAGUGUGAACACGUUGGAGACACAGCUGGAGAUGCUGUUGGAGAGCAUCAUCACAUUCAUCCCGCCAGAGACAGGUUUGGAACAGAGGCACAUGGCAUUCAGCAGCCUCUUCAGUGGUGCACUAGCUCUGCUCAAUGGAGUCAGCGUCUCAACGGGAGAGGCCCUCGCAGCUCAGGUCAUUACCUGGCUGGAGAGGAAAGGGAGGUGCUUUCCUAUUCUGCCUCUGCUCACAGCUUGCUCCUGCUGUCUGGCCUCAGUGCGCCACAUGACACGCAUCAUGGAGGCGUGUAUCACAGCCCACUUUAACCAUGCUGAGGAGGAAUGUGUCGGCUGGGGUCCUGUGUUGGCAUCACUGCAAGUGCCCGAGCUCACAGUGGAAGACUUCCUGUCUGAGAGCCAAUCAGGAGGCAGCUUCCUCACGCUGUAUGCCUUCAUCCUGCAGCGCCUUAACUCUGAACACACAGCAACCAAUGAGAGGAGGACGCUUGCUCUCAUCAACACAUGGACCAAUCAGGUUUUCCCCAGUGGACCCAGCGAUGAAGCCAAGCUGUUUCUUUGGUGGCACAAAGCACUGAAUCUAGCAGUGGAGCAGCUUCAGCCUCAGGGGGGCCACAGCGAAUUAUCAGGUGUGGUCGUGGGUCUACUGAAGUUGCAAACCAGACUACUUCAACUGGGAGAAGAAAGGCUCAACUCUGGACUACUAGGGGCCAUCGGUCUUGGGAAGAAGUCCCCGGUUUCAAACAAAUUCAGGGUGGUGGUUCGCAGCCUUGCAGCAUUCCUCUCCAUCCAGAUACCAUCAGAGAGCGAACUCCGAUUGCAGCCCACCACUGACCUACAGCUCUCUGCAAAAGCACAGCAAACAUUGGGGCUGCUUGAAGCCAUGCCCAGCAAUAAGCAAUACAUGGAAUUGGAGGAUUCUGUGAAAAAAGCUCUUCAGUUCAUCCGUUACCCAGGGCACUGUCUUAAAGAUGGACCUCGACUCCUGGCUCUGCUAACCAACCUGCUUUACCCAGACCUCAGAUACCUGCACAUUAUACAUUGACCCAAUAAGAUGACCCCUUGGAAAACAAUGAUGGAGCAAAGUGUUCUCAAACCUGUGACUUCUCUUAAGUGGCCUUUGUAGUGACAAACCUCUCCAGAGUUCAAGAUGACUGAACCACAUUUAUGUCAUCUGCUGACAUUUGCACUUUGUUUUGUCCUCUUAUCAUCAAGCCUUUUUACACUUUUAAUGAUAUGCCUGGUGAUCUCCAUUGCAUAUUUAUUGCAGAAUCUAAUCUCUGUUCUGUGUGUUGACAGAAAAAUGAUAAGAUGGCACAAGAUUAUUUGGUAGUUAUUGAGGGACAUUUCUGAUCAUAAGCUUUUCAGGAAUAAGGUGGCGAGCACCACUUGGAAAAUUAGGCUACUAUCUCAUUAUGAAAACAGGGUGUGAUGGAGUCUCAUUACUGCUGACACAGAAAAGAUGGCUGCCUCUCUGAAAUGAUCAUGUACUAGUAUUAUCAUCUCCCACCAAAUGUGCUUUAUAAGGAGUAUUAAGGCCAGACUGAAAAGAAAAAAAAGAAAAAUUUUAUAAGGAAAAGGUUGUAAUAUUAUGUAAAAAUCAAAAUUGUAGGAAAUGUGUAUAUAUAAUUGCAUUAAGAUGAGGACAGUUGAGGACAUUGCCAAGUUAUACAUUAGCAUAAGUUCGACAUCAACAGCAUCAGUAUCGUUUGUUAUUGUACAAAUUCUUAUGUCUCUUCCUGACAAAGAACACUCGCUGAAAUCCUCUUGUUGGGAUUUUUUAACUAAUACUUCAUCAUAUUAGCUGAUUAAAACAUGUCAGACAUCUACAGAGAGAUGGCAGCUGCCGGUUCUCCAAUUGUUGCGUUUGUGUGGGAAUUUCGACAUUCACCCAUCAAAAAAAUUUAAUCUCAUAUUACAUUUUUUAAAUUACUUUUUUAGCAUUAGGAGUUUACUGUUUUCUUCUUUUUAGUAUGGCACUUUAUACUCCUACAUAGCUGCCCUUGUUUUGUUUUUUUGCCAAAGGUAUGUUUUUGUUGUUUUUUUGCAUGAUUAGCCAUGAAUGACCAUGUAGUCUUGAGUCUGGUAGAACAACUUGCGAUGUGGCACUCAAAAGUUCUUACAGUACCUCUUCCAGUGUACCACACAUGCACACACACACACACACACACACAAAUAGUGUUAUGUAAUGGUCUUAUGUUCAGAUUCACCUGUUUUUCACAUUUCCAGUCUCUGUCGUGCAGUGGUUAAGCAUUUCUUUGUAUGAGUCAGUGAUCAGAGACGAGACUAAGAACUGAACAUCUCAUAGCUGCUGUUUGUUACAAAUGUUGUAGAGAGGAACGGUGGCCCUGCGGUGCAAUCAGACAGUGUUUAGUGAAGCCUCUGCAAAAAAAAAACAAAACAUCCAUUUCUAUUCUCCAAGAGCAACACGACAGGUGCCCAAACUGCAAUUAAAUUUUUUUUGUGUGUAAAAAAAGAUGUGAUUUGUUCACGUACCGGUACAUUGUGUGUCCUCAUCUGACACCACUUUGGUCUCUAUGGUUACACAAAGGGAGGAGGUGAGGAGGAUGGCUUGUACUAAAGCUUGGAGAAAGGGAACUAAGUGGGGAGGGGAGAUAUGCAUAGGCUCAUGUUCCUGCCUCUUUUUUUUUACACUUGAAAACAUCCUGUGGUGAUUUUGUGUAAAGCUUCUGUCUGGCGCUCUCCUCGACCUUCUGUUCUCUCGUCUCUCAGCUCAGAUGGUGUAGAAUAUACGCUGAAGCACGCCCGAUUUAUGUAACUUUGCCAUGCUGGCAUACCAUGUUCUCAGACACACACACACACACAAAAUGAGACAGAGCACUCCUGGCAGACACAUCACUGUCUGGCAGAUCCCCGUGUCACCAUGGUAACCCAGCAUCAGGUCAGGAAUUGUUGUUCCUAGACUCUUGUAGCCCACAAACAAACAUGUCCAGAAACAUACUGCUUACUUUGUGUACUGUACAUAAUUUGCCACUUCUGUGUGAACCACUGACGUUUUUAUAGGACAGUCAUUAAAAAUGCUUGGGAAUUUCUGAAUAU